CUCCUCCUUCCCCCAGCCACCCGCGCAGUCACAACCGGUUCAGACUGGCCAGGGUGCCCCGCAAAGAAGAGAGAGAGCGGAAAAAAAGAGAACGGGAAUAACUUCCCAGGGAGGCGGAGAAGAAAGCGAAGGUGGAGCCCUGAGGAGGGGGCCGGUUCCCUCCCUCAAUGUGCCCGCCGCUGCCGCCGCUGGGCUCCGCGGGGGCAGAGGGCGGCGGCUCCGAGGGCAGAGCGUAACGGGACCGAUUGCCCAAUACUCCGGCAGGAGCUGGGGUUCAGGAUAAAUACCGCCCGGCGGGCCCGGAGCUGCAGGGGAGACGGCGGCCGCGGUCCCCACCGCACCACUCUCCCCGCCCGCCCGGGGCACUGUGCCCAGUGCUGCGCCCCGGAGCCCCGCCUAGGCCGGCACCCAGGACCUAAGGAAAGACACCUCGUUGAUUUCACCUUACAAUGGAAUUUACAAAGUCACCUGAUGGCGGAUGGGGCUGGGUGAUUGUACUUGUUUCUUUCUUCACUCAGUUUUUGUGUUACGGAUCCCCGCUGGCUGUUGGAGUCUUGUACAUAGAAUGGUUGGAUGCAUUUGGUGAAGGGAAAGGAAAAACAGCCUGGGUGGGAUCCCUUGCAAGUGGAGUUGGCUUGCUUGCAAGUCCUGUGUGCAGCAUCUGUGUCUCAUCUUUUGGAGCAAGACCUGUCACCAUCUUCAGUGGCUUCCUGGUGGCUGGAGGCCUGAUGUUGAGCAGUUUUGCCCCUAAUAUCUACUUCCUGUUUUUUUCCUAUGGGAUUAUUGUAGGUCUUGGAUGUGGGUUAUUAUACACCGCAACAGUGACCAUUACCUGCCAGUAUUUUGACAGCCGUCGAGGCCUCGCACUUGGCCUGAUAUCCACAGGUUCAAGUGUUGGACUUUUUAUAUAUGCUGCUCUGCAAAGAUUGCUGAUCGAAUUUUAUGGGCUGGAUGGGUGCUUGCUGAUUGUCGGUGCUUUAGCUUUAAAUAUAUUAGCUUGUGGCAGUCUGAUGAGACCCCUGCAGUCCUCUGAUUGUCCAUUGCCUGAAAAAACAGCUGUAGAAAAUGUUCCAGAAAGAUACUCUAUUUACAGUGAAAAAGAAAAGACCCUGGAAGAAAACAUAAGCAUUCUUGAAAAGAGCUACAGUUGUGAGGGAAAAUGCAAGAGCACUUUAGCCAAUGGAGACUGGAAACAGGAGGGCCCACUUCAUAAAAACCCAACAACCAUGAUCCACACAAAAGAGACUGAAACGUACAAAAAGAAAGUUGCAGAACAGACAUAUUUCUGCAAGCAGCUUGCCAAGAGGAAGUGGCAAUUGUAUAGAAACUACUGUGGAGAAACUGUGGCUCUUUUUAAAAACAAAGUAUUUUCAGCACUUUUUAUCGCCAUCUUUCUUUUUGACAUUGGCGGAUUUCCACCUUCAUUACUUAUGGAAGAUGUAGCAAGAAGUUCAAAUGUGAGAGAAGAAGAUCUUAUUAUGCCUCUUAUUUCUGUUAUAGGCAUCAUGACAGCAGUUGGUAAACUCCUGUUAGGAAUAUUGGCUGACUUCAAGUGGAUUAAUACCUUAUACCUUUAUGUAGUUACCUUAAUAAUCAUGGGCUUAGCCUUAUGUGCAAUUCCAUUUGCCAAAAGUUAUGUUACACUAGCAAUACUUUCUGGGAUCCUAGGCUUUCUUACUGGUAACUGGUCCAUUUUUCCAUAUGUGACUACCAAGACUGUGGGGAUUGAAAACUUAGCCCAUGCCUAUGGAAUAUUAAUGUUCUUUGCUGGACUUGGAAAUAGCCUUGGACCACCAAUUGUUGGUUGGUUUUAUGAUUGGACCCAUACCUAUGACACUGCAUUUUAUUUUAGUGGCUUCUGCGUCUUGCUGGGAGGUUUUAUUUUGCUGCUGGCAGCCUUGCCUCCCUGGGAAACAUGCAACAAGCAACUCUCCAAGUCAGCUCCAACAACUUAUUUGUACAAAGUUGCUUCUAAUGCUUAGAGGAAUAUUGGAAUAUUUGCUAUUGUAUGCCAU